GGCAUAUAAAUGUAUACAUGGCAACUCUACUGAUAAAACUUGACACUUUUGCAAAGACACAUCUCACAUAUCAAUUUCACAGUCUUGGACUUAACAUUAACAUGAUUGUUGCAUUACUUUUGACAUUGUGUUGUUUAUCAGCGACCUCUGGUGUCAACGUGUUGUUGUUGAAACCAUACGACGAGUUCGCAGCUCACAUGUACCAGAAAUCUGACACCAACAAAGACGGGAUACUUACUGUAACUGAAAUUGAGGACGAAUUUCGCCAGUAUGACGCGAAUCAUGACGGUCAUAUAUCAAGACAUGAAUACACGUCGUUCAUCUGUUUCCUUCAACCAGCAUUAUAUCAACUAUCCCACUAUCUAUACGACCAGUAUGAUCUAAGUCCAAACGACCAUCAACUGCAAAUUACAGACUUUGAGGCAUUUCAUGCAAAACUGGACUCCAAUGGGGAUGCGAACCUAACACAAACCGAGUGGGUUACCUGGUGGGUCAAGACAUUCCAGGGCCUAGAGACAGCCAAUCAUCAUAUACAUGGACACUCCGCUGAACACGGAUCACAUCAUUGCAUGUAGAGUUUUUUUUUAGUCGACGGACUACUUUAUGUAAAUAAACCAAUAUGAAACGUGCAA